CCUAUGAAUGAUUUUCACACACUGCAUGAUCGAACUGUCAAAUACUGUCAUGCUUUAGUGAACCGCAAGCUGGCUUUAAAUGAACUGUCAAGUUCCGCAAAAAGAAACUCCAAAUCGGGCUUAGAUGAACAGGUAACUAAAGAAAGUCAUGGGUUGUUUUAAAUCGAAAAUGGAGGACACGGAUGUGUGCUUGGAUUCCGAAGCGUACGCUCCAUUGUUGGAUGAAAGCAGCUCGGCCCGAGGACGAGAUGAUUUUAAUGACAAUCGGGUCACAACGACAGAGAACCGUGAGAAAAAUGCUGAUUAUGGGCUUGAAAAGUUACUGUUAAGAUUACAGCACGCUCUAACAUGGAGAAAUAUUUAUGUCGAUGUGCAAGAUAUGAGCAGUCUCGCUGAAUUACGAACAAAAAUACACGAACUAUUAAACUUUGCCACAGUCGAAAUGGGUUAUCUCGUAAGAGAUAAACGUUACUCUGAAGCGGAAGAUAUCGUGAACGCAAUUUUGAGGCUAAAAUCAUCACUUGGAAACGAGUUAGUGGAUGCCGUUCAGAUUACUGCGUUUGUUCGCGAGGUGACGACGUUUAGUCGUUUUGUUUUAUCCGGAGGUCAGUACUUCGAGCCUAUGAUGGUAAAUGAAGACGACGAAAAUGUACUCAAACUUUUCUUUUUCCUCGUUUCUGAUACCGAAACACGACAAACUAUGUUUAGAUAUUACGUGGAGUAUACGAGUUUGAUCGAAGAAUUUUUCGCGCUUGUUUUAGUUACUUCUUCUGGACAUGUUCGCCUUGAGAUGUAUGGGAGUUCUUGUCCAUCGUACUGGGAAAUACGCCAAGAUGUCAUAAAAAACGCGAGAGAAAAGAUCAAGUCGUUUGACUUUGAAGAAGAUGAUGAAUAUUAAAGUCAACUUCAGCAGAAGAGCUAGGGAAGUCGAAUAUAUAUAAUUUUUGAUCUAAUCAUUAAAAAAUGUCAAAAUCAUCGAGCUUUAUCGAGAUGAAUUAUUUAGCACUACACAAUUGUCUGUGUUGCACUAAAUGAAUGUCUGUAUCUAUAAAAUAUAAGUAAAUAACUCCAAUUUUGUUUAUACGGUUUAAUUCUCGUAGAUUCCGUUUUGUGAUAUCGUGAAAGAUAACUUAAUCGAAAACGAAACAGAAUUGCAAUAUUUUAUUGUACAUCUCUAGUUUUUUUGUACUAAUCAUAGCGGGCAUUCCUGUGUUAACGGAGUGGAAACGAAAACAAUCAACAGGAUAUCGCUAUAGUUUUUUGAUCGCGUCGUCUUCUUUUGAUAUAUAUAUAUAUUUCUCAGUCGAAGGAAUACGGAACAAAUUUUCGCAGGUUAAAAUACACUGAGUUUGUUAAUUGCUUUAGCAAAUGAGAGCUAUAAAUAAAAUGUGCUAAGACAUCUGGAA